CCGGCACAGGCAGCGAGAGGGAGCGGAGCGGAGCGGGCGGCGCGCAGCGAGCUCGGCCGGCGAGGCGGCGGCGGUCGGCGGGGAGCGGAGGCGCUGUCCGGUAUUGAGGGUGAUUUAUCUCUUGCAUCAUGCGUGAAUACAAGCUAGUGGUUCUUGGUUCUGGAGGUGUUGGAAAGUCUGCUCUGACUGUACAGUUUGUUCAAGGAAUAUUUGUUGAAAAAUACGAUCCUACGAUAGAAGACUCCUACAGAAAGCAAGUUGAAGUAGAUGCACAACAGUGUAUGCUUGAAAUCUUAGAUACUGCAGGAACGGAACAGUUUACAGCAAUGAGAGACCUAUACAUGAAAAACGGACAAGGUUUCGCAUUAGUAUAUUCCAUCACAGCACAGUCCACAUUUAAUGAUUUACAGGAUCUAAGAGAACAGAUUCUUCGAGUCAAAGACACUGAUGAUGUGCCUAUGAUUCUGGUUGGCAAUAAGUGUGACUUGGAAGAUGAAAGAGUUGUGGGAAAGGAACAAGGUCAGAACCUAGCAAGGCAAUGGAAUAACUGUGCAUUCUUAGAGUCUUCUGCAAAAUCAAAGAUAAAUGUUAAUGAGAUCUUUUAUGACCUUGUGCGACAAAUUAACAGAAAAACUCCAGUGCCUGGAAAAGCACGCAAAAAGUCAUCAUGUCAGCUACUUUAAUACAUAGCUGUACUGUAGCUCUGAGCCAGGUGUGAAGAACUGUUGCCCAAUUCAACAGUGCCAGCAUUCCAACUUUAUUAAACCUACCAACAUCUUAAAUGGACUUUCCUGUGGUGGUACCCUUUAAGAAAUGGAUGAAAGCUACUACAUCAGUUUGCACAUUCUAAUCACUUUCCAGUGUCAUGAGAGAUUUUUACCUAUGAAUAUUCUAAGUGUAUGCAACUGGUAAAACCAGAGCCUACAUCCAGUAUUACUGAUAAGAGACAUUGUUCAUCCACCAAUGUUGUACAUGUAUGAAAACUGUGUACUGUAUACUUCAACAAUCCCCACUUUCUAUUGGAGAGUACAAUAAUGUAAAUCCUAAAAGCACCACUAUUUUAGCAUAAUAAAAGAAAGUCCAAAGAGCUCCUAUAUAGACUACUCCAGAUAACUUUGCUUCAUCGGUAUUUGUAGCUUAUUGUAACUUUUUUAAAGAAAUACAGGAUCAUCAUCAUCAUCAUCGUAUUGUACAAAAGCGCUUUGAUUAACACAACAGCUAUAUAGUUUUUUAAUUUUAGGAAAAACCUGUGGAGACAGUGAUCUAGUCUUUAAGAGUCCUUUCAGUAUAACGUCUGACUAAAGACAUGGCCUUUAAUAUCUGUUGGGAAGGAAAUGUCCAGACUUUUCAACCUUUUAUUGUAUGUUUCCUUUUCCUUGUUUACAUAGGGAACAAUGUUUAUAGUUGUGUGUACAGUGGGGGUCUACAACAAGAAGUGUAUAUUUUAAAACGAUUUUUUAAUGAUUUAACAAUUUUUUGUAAAUCAUUUUCGGGCUUCUGCAGCUGUAGAUUCUCACUGUGAAUUCCCUUGCUUGCUCAUGCAUAAGUGUAUUUGCAAUACCAAAUAUACAGGUUUAGUACUUUUGCCUGUUAGUGAUUGUUUUACAUGUGUAACGUUUUGGUUGAGAUGUUAAAUGGUGGAAGAGUACUGUGGAUGUGAAUGUGGGAAGUAAUUUUAAUCAUGUGUAAUUGGUCACAGGGCCUAAGUUGCAGUAAUUAACUUUUGCUGAUUUAUUUAACAAUGCCUUGUUGCUUUGUAUGCAUUAACGUUUGGGUGUAAAGAUUGUGUGUAUAUCCAACAGGGAGCCACAGUAUUUAAAUUGACCAACCUAAUGUUACAACUGCUUUGAGGUGGCCAAAUGUAAACUAAAAGCCUUAAUUAAAGUGGUGCAAUUUUGUAUGACUUAGCAUCAGUAGUUCAAUAAAUUUGGAUUGCCAUGCAAGGGCUUGCAUUACAGUUAUAUACUACUUGAAUGUUUUGUGUUUUAGUAGUGCUAGUAAAUAUUGAUUUUAAAUCUCUC